AUGGUCAAGCGAUCACGCGAGUCGUCGACCUUUUCCUCCAGCAGCGACACCGCCAGUUCUUUGGCACAAGAAUCUCCAUCUCCUCGUCCUGCAAAACUGAGUGCUGUAGCCACGGCCGCCACUCUGCCAGCCAAACCUGUCAUGCAGUGCUCUCUGCCGCCUCACCGGGAAACCCUUGACUUUGCUUCUAUCGAUGAUUUCGAGGUGCAUUAUGCCAAAGACCAUUCGAACCGAUGUACCUCAUGCGGCAAAAACUUCCCUACUGCUCAUUUCCUAGGCCUGCACAUCGACGAGAACCACAACACCUUCCGCGAAGCCUUGCAAGCCAAAGGUGAGAAGACAUAUGCUUGCUUCGUCGAAGCCUGUGACAGAAAGUGUUCUACCCCGCAAAAAAGGCGUCUUCAUCUAAUUGACAAACACUUGUUCCCCAAGAUCUACAACUUUCGCAUUGUCGACACUGGCAUUGACAAGUCGACCUCCAUGCUUCACGAAAGUCGUCGCAGAAGAGUGUCAACCAAUGUCGACCAGGGAGCGAAUAGCGGCCACCGACGACAGCACUCUCGAAUGGAAAGUAGGAGGAAUCCUGCCGCUGUCUCACCAGACCAGAAAGAAAAUCAGGACAGAAAUGGAGAACACAGUCUCGAAUCCACCAAGGAGGUCUCGGAUGCAGUCAUAAACGAUCUCGAAUCAUCCCUGUCCGCCCUUCGAUUUGUGCCACCUAGUGUUGCCCACAGGCAGCGAAACAAGCCAAACCAUGGGUGA